AUGUCCAGUCUCCCACAAGAUGUCCUGAUAAAGCUCAUAGAGGUCCUCGCUCAACUAGCCUCGUCCGACAAUGCAGUCCGCGCCACGGCCGAGGACCAGCUGGACAAGGAAUGGAUGCUCACAAAGCCCGACGCGCUUCUCACAGGUCUCGCUUUCCUCUCUCGGAAUAAUAGUGACCCUGAGCUGCGUGCAUUUGCGGCAGUGGUGACGCGCCGGGUCGCAUUCAAGGCUUCACCAAAUGAAGGCCCAACAGGGACGAAGACUGUAUGGGAGUGUGUUCAAGAAGAGACUCGAGACGCCGUCAGGACGCAUUACUUGGCGGCCUUGACCCAGGAGACAGAUCGGUCGGUCCGAAAUAGAGUCUGCGACACUAUCUCCGAACUUGCCCAUUCUACCCGCACCAAGCAACACCCAUGGCCAGAGGUGUGCCCGGCGGUUUACGCAUGCACACAGUCGAAGACGAGACCGGAUCUUAGAGAGGCAGGAUACAGAAUCAUGAAUUCGUCGCCCAGUCUUCUCAGUGGUCAAUCGGCCGAGGACGCUGUUACCUUGUUCAACGCAGGCUUGAACGACGCCAAUCUUCUCGUGCGGUUAUCAGCGGUCAAGGCAACGGUUUCCUUUAUUCAAGACACGAAUCACGAGACGCGGAACGCAAUGGACAAAACGAUGAUGCCGAUGAUGGAGUCCCUGGCGGCGUUCAAGAAGGCAAAAUACGAGGUUGCCCUGGUAGAAGCUGUCUCUGCCCUGAUCGAACUAGCAGAGCGAGCUCCUCGACUGUUCCGCCACAUCAUUUCCACUAUCCCCAUGUUGAUCGAGAUGGCAGAGGAGAAGACAUUGGAGGAUCAGACGAGACAGGUCAUGUUGGAACUGAUGAUUACGUUGGCUGAGUGCUCUCCAAGCUGGUUCAAGCGCGUCCCCGAUUUUGUGACGAGGAUUGUCCCCGUUUCGCUGGAGAUGAUGACAGAGUUGGAGGAUGAGGCAGAUUGGUACAUGGCGGAUGAUCAGGACGAAGAGGACGCGGAUACCAACUCUGUCAUUGGCGAACAGGCGAUCGAUCGACUCUCGCGAGCCCUGGGUGGCAAGGCUAUCUUGCCUGUAAUCUUUGGAUACAUCCCCAAGAUGUUAGCCAACGAGCAAGAGUGGAAGUGUCGACAUGCCGGGCUGAUGGCCAUCUCGGCGAUGGGCGAGGGCUGUGGGCGGGUCAUGGAGGGCGAACUGACAAAGAUUGUCCACAUGGUGGUCCCCUUCCUGCGGGAUUCUCAUGCCAGAGUCCGGUUUGCGGCCUGUCAUACGGUCGGCCAAAUGGCGACCGAUUUUGCGGGGCCGCUGCAAAAGAACCAUCAUGCUGUAGUCCUGACCAACCUGAUCCCGGUCAUGGACGAUGCUCCUUACCCUCGGGUCCGGUCCCAUGCUGCGGCGGCGUUGGUGAACUUUUGCGAGGACAUUGACAAGGCGAUUUUGGGACCUUAUCUGGACGCGAUCUUUGACCGUCUGUUAUCGUUGCUCGGCACGGGGACCACUUUUGUGCAGGAGCAGGCUAUUACUACCAUGGCGGCCGUCGCGGACAGUGCGGAGGACAAGUUCUUGACGUACUAUAGUCGCGUCAUGCCUCUGUUGAUCAGUGUUCUUCGACAGGCUACCAGUCCGGAGUACCGACUGUUGAGAGGCAAAGCGAUGGAGUGUGGUAGUUUGAUUGCGCUUGCGGUCGGGAAGGAGAUCUUCGCACCCCACGUCCAGGAGUUUAUCAAGCUGUUGGUCCAAACUCAGACCAGUCUUAUGGAAGCCGACGAUCCUCAGACGUCGUACUUGCUGGCGGCCUGGGCGCGUAUCUGCAAGGUCCUUGGUCCAGACUUUGUGCCCUACCUCGACAUUGUGAUGCCACCGCUUCUGGCCAGCGCACGACUCAAGCCAGACCUCGCAGUCCUUGACCCGGAAGAAGAUAUCGACUCCAAGUAUGCGGCCGAAGAUGGGUGGGAGUUUGUUGGUGUUGACGGACAGCAUAUCGGGAUCAAGACGACGGUCCUGGAGGAGAAGUGUACGGCGAUCGAGAUGUUGAUCUGUUAUGCUCGCGAGUUGGGACCCGGGUUCCGGCCGUACUUGGAGCAAGUCCGCGAGAUUGUAUUGCCGUUGCUUCGGUUCUAUUUUCAUGACGGCGUUCGACAUGCUGCGGCGGCGACUCUUCCGCAUAUGGUCUCGUGUGCCAAGCAGGCAGAGCUUGGACAGGAUUAUCUGGUCGCCUUUUGGUUUCAGAUAUGUGUCAAGAUGUUGGAGGUUAUGGCGACGGAGAAGGAUGCGUCGUUCUUAUUGCAACUCUACACUUCCUUCUAUGAGUGUUUGGAUGCGUUGGGGUCUGGACCCAGUCUCAGCACUGAGUUGUUAGAGGCCUUCACGCGGGCGACGGAUGCUCAACUGCGGGAACAAUAUAGCCGAUUGAAGAAACGACAAGAAGACCGGACGGCCAACCAUCUGGAUGCGGAGGAGAAGGAAGUCAUAGAUGAGGAGGAAACGACCGCCGAGGCUGUCCUGGCCGAGAUAGCGCGCGCAAUUUUCACAGUCCUCAAGACCCACGGUGUUGGAUACAUGGUCCAUUUCCGGUCCCUGGAACCCAUCCUGGCAACGUACUUGAACGACACCAACGCCUUCUCACGUCAAUGGGCCAUCGGCGUCCUCGAUGACCUGGUUGAAUUCACAGGACCACAUUCCUGGCCCAUCAUGGUCCCCUUCCUACCCCAAAUUCUCAACUCUGUCAUGGACCCCCAAGCGCCCGAAGUCCGCCAAGCUGCCUGUUACGGCCUCGGACUCUGUGGUCAAUUCGGUGGAGCCCCCUAUGCUGAACUCUGUAGUGCUGCCCUCUCCCCCUUAUUCCAAGUCAUCCACGAGCCCGGCGCUCGGUCCACUGAAAAUAUCUUUGUCACCGAGAACGCUAUCUCGGCAGUGACCAAGAUCUGCAAGUUCAACAGCUCGCAUUUCGACAUCAACACCGUCCUCCCAUCCUGGGUCCAGACUCUCCCGAUCCUUUAUGACGAAGAAGAGGCCCCCAUGACCUACAGUUAUAUGUUGGACUUGCUUGAGAGUCAACAUCCUGCGGUGUUGGGGUUGAAUAAUGUGAACGUGCCACAUUUGGUGACGGUGAUGGUCGAGGCACUUGUUGCCGGUGUGGUCCCGGAACCGACGCAGAGUCGGAUGGUGUAUAUCUUGAAGGCUGCGUUGAGUACUCUUGAUGCGGCGAUUACGACGACGCUUUGGAAUAGUAUUGCGCCCGAGAAGCGGAAGACCCUUCAGGACCUCCGCUACCUCUAA